CCUAAAGAGCUAAAAGUUCAAAUAGCUUUAGCAGUUCUAACUCCAGUACCAUCGAAUUCAAUAAGAUUUUUAGGUUUCAGUAAAGAUCUCAAUUUCAUGAAGAUCUUGAAUUUUGGUUUCGAUUUCAAAUUAGAAAAUAGAACUACAAAAUUGAGAAUGAUUUUAGAUUAA